GACGUAUUCGUUACAGAAGAAAAACGCAAAUAUAGCGGGCGUGGUUAGGACGAUACGGCUCCUUAUAAAUGACUUUGAGGAAAUAUUUUCAGAAUUCUUUUCAAGAUGUUGAAGUUGUGUCUUAUCUUGUUUUGUGCGGGAAUUGCGGCGGGUUUGCAAUGUUGGACAUGCGAUAAUGUGUUCAGUCACCAGGAUUGUCUCGACCAAGGAAGACUGGUAACCUGCGAUGAUAGUCAGACCACGUGCCAGAUCGAGCUACGUCACGGGGGUUGGGGGAAUAACCCGUUGAUUAAGAAAUCUUGUAAACAACUUACAGCGUGUGGUUCGAAUCAUAUGCAGGACCUAGGAUCAGCGUCGAUUACCAACCUUGACACGCAGUGUAAUAUGAAACCUCCGUCAUCUGUGUGCAGAUGUUGUUGUAAUACGGAUGGUUGUAACCAUUAUGUGAUGACGUGUGACCAGUUAGGGGGGAGGGGAGGUGGAUCCUGUAAGAGGCUGAGAGCACCUCGUAAUGGUAGGAUGAAAUGCACCGGAGGCAACGGCCCUCUAAGUUCAUGUGUGUUUACAUGUAACCGGGGCCAUAUGAUGAUUGGUGCGGCUGUAUCAACAUGCGAUUACUUCAGUACGAGAGAUAACCCCGCCCCUAUUUGUGAGCCAAUCAAAUGCGAGUAUCCAGUGGUACCACAAAAUGGGUCUGUGACGUGUACAAGAGGUCGCGCGGUCGGCAGCAGAUGCAGAUAUAACUGCGAUGAAGGCUACAAGUUGGUCGGUGCAACGUACAUGACAUGCACAGAGGAAACCAUGGGUGGGACUUAUGGUUUAUGGAGUAGAAUGCCACCUGUAUGCCAACCCAAACAAUGCCCGUUGCAGAACCUCCGCAACGGGAGGAUAGAUUGCACCAACUCCAACUUUGUCGGAUCAACUUGUGCAUUAAUUUGCAGUGCCGAGUUAGGUUAUCAAGUCUACCCACCGACCACACAAGCCCUCAACUGUCAAUCAAAUGAGGAAUGGGACAAAGCGAUGCCUUGUUGCUCACGUCCCUGCCCACCGUUUGCCGUGAUGGACUUCGUAGUUGUACUUGAUUCGUCGUCAUCUGUUGGUCGUUCAAACUGGAACAAAAUGAAAGCAUUUGUUAGAAGUUUUAUCGCUGACUUUAGUAUACGUGAUGACGCUACACACGUAAGCGUGGUAAGGUACAACCGUCACGUGGAUACAACUACACAGAUUCUAUUGGACGACCACCCUAAUAGUUCGGAAGAUUUGCUUGCAGCAUUCGACAGGAUACCUUACAAUGGGAGUGGCACACGCACUGGGCAAGCACUCAACUACACAGCCGGUACAUUAAUACCAACAGGCAACCGACCCAACGCUAGAGAUGUCGUUUUACUUAUAACUGACGGUGCGUCACAGGAUGACGUAGUGGUGCCGUCACAAAACUUACAUGCAACUGGCGCCUUAGUAUUCGUUUUACCUGUCCAACCUCCCCGAGUUCGUCUUCGCAUGGAUGAGAUCUACACCAUAGCUGGCAAUCGUGCCAAUGUUAUCACAGAUGCAUUGGAGGGCGGGUUCGCAGCUCUUGAUGAAGAAUUCGCCGGCAGAAUCAGCCAACUGCUUUGUGCAUCUCCUUGCCCGUUGAACUAACGCAUCAUAUCUUGGUAUAGUGGGGUGGGGGAAGAUGGGACACAUUUAGAACAUAAUAUUUAAAUAUCUUGAUCGUGUUUUAAACAAUCACCAACGGUCCCUGAGAGUCGCGAGGAUACGGUUUUAUAAUUCUUCGAAUAUUCGCCUAUCUUCCCAAUCCUACUAUACAUCUGGAUAUUAUUUUAACUUUUACAAUCAAUGAGCUUGUUUAGGUUAUGAAUCUGUAUAUGAAUCUACACGUUAUAAUAAGCAUUAGUUAUGUGGCUAUUUAUGUAUAGUAGGUUGGGGUAAGUUUGGCUUUGUUAUUAUUCCCUUUUAUCGUCUUAUUUGGUGGCAAACAAGGUAUAAUCAAAGAAAUAUAUAUAUACCCGUAUUGUUGGGGAUUUUAAAGAGCGUUUUCAACUGUUCAAAACACGAAUAAGAAAUCUGAGUCCUUAUGCGUGUUAACGGUAUCCAUCUUACCCCACACUUCUAUCUACGUUUACCUAACCAUUGCUCCAGCGGCUUACUUAUUUCAUCGAUGACGUAACAGACAUAUCUUUACUACGUCAUAGCAUAAACUGUGUAAUAGUAGAAUCGUUUAAGAUUUUAUCGACUGCCUUGAAUACAAACUUGUGGUGUUGGAAACAU